AUGGUGAACAUCACCUCGGCCGCCGGCAUCAUUUGCCUGUUGGAUGAACCGGUCGCGGAGCUAAAGGUAUUUGCGUUGAACAAGCUGAACAUGAUCGUAGGUGAAUUCUGGCCAGAAAUCUCGGAAGCGGCCGAGAAGAUUGAAAUGCUGCAUGAGGACAAAAGCUUCUCUCAUCACGAGCUAGCGGCACUGGUGGCCUCGAAGGUCUAUUACCAUUUGGGUUCGUUCGAGGAUUCUCUAACCUACGCGCUGGGAGCUGGCGAUUUGUUCGAUGUGAAUGCACGCAACGAGUACGUGGACACGAUUAUUGCUAAAUGUAUCGAUCAUUACACCCAACUGCGGGUAUCACUGGUCGAGGCAGAAGAGAACAAUCUGGUCGCGAAGCCGAUAGAUGCCCGUCUUGAAGCGAUCGUAAACCGAAUGAUUCAACGCUGUCUCGAAGAUGGCCAGUAUAAGCAGGCACUUGGUAUCGCGCUUGAAACCCGCCGUAUGGACAUCGUGGAAGCAUCGAUCAUGAAAGCGGAUGACGUACCCGGAAUGCUGGCGUACGCGUUCCAGGUGACGAUGGGUUUCAUCCAGAACCGUGCCUUCCGCAAUACGGUUCUCCGCUGCUUGGUCGAACUUUAUCGCAAUGCAGGUGUACCGGAUUACGUGAAUAUGUGCCAGUGUUUAAUAUUCCUCGAAGAUCCGCUGGCGGUGGCGGAGGUUCUGGAUGGGUUAACGAAAGAGAGCGAAUCGUCGGUGCUGAUGGCGUACCAGAUUGCCUUCGAUCUGUAUGAAUCCGCCACACAGCAGUAUCUUGGGCAGGUGUUACAGGCACUGAAAGCAACCGCACCGAUACCAUCUGCUUUGAUUUCUAACUUCAAACCCCAAGGAACCACAACUACCGAUGCGACAUCGGAAGCCGCCGAACCGAAAACCGAACGUACGCUAGAAAGUCUUAACGAGGCGGAAAAAACUCAUCAGAAGAACAUCGAAAAGCUGGCCAGCAUAUUGUCGGGAGAGGUUACGAUUGAAUUACAGCUGCAGUUCCUCAUCCGCAGCAACCAUGCCGAUCUGCAAAUCUUGCGAGCGUCGAAAGAAUCGGUUCGGUUAUCGAUCUGCCAUACGGCCACCGUCAUCGCAAACACGUUUAUGCACAGCGGUACUACCAGCGAUCAGUUCCUACGCGACAAUCUCGAAUGGCUAGCAAGGGCAACGAAUUGGGCAAAGCUUACUGCAACUGCAUCGCUCGGUGUAAUUCAUCGGGGACACGAAACGGAUUCGCUAGCACUAAUGCAAAGCUAUCUGCCGAAGGAGAGUGGUCCUAGCUCGGGCUAUUCAGAAGGUGGCGGUCUGUAUGCUCUUGGUCUGAUACAUGCAAACCACGGUGCAAACAUCAUUGACUAUCUGCUGCAGCAGCUAAAGGACGCUCAGAAUGAAAACGUGCGCCACGGUGGGUGCCUCGGACUUGGUUUAGCAGCGAUGGGAACGCACCGGCAGGAUGUGUACGAGCAGCUAAAGUUCAACCUGUACCAAGACGAUGCGGUCACCGGAGAAGCGGCGGGUAUUGCAAUGGGAAUGCUUAUGCUCGGUUCUAAACAUGCACAAGCGAUCGAAGAUAUGGUUUCCUACGCGCAGGAAACUCAGCACGAAAAGAUUCUACGUGGACUAGCCGUUGGUAUUUCGCUCACGAUGUACGCCCGACUGGAGGAAGCAGAUGCAUUGGUGGCAUCUUUAUCGAACGACAAGGAUCCGGUGUUGCGUCGCAGCGGUAUGUACACGAUCGCGAUGGCGUACUGUGGAACGGGCAACAAUCAGGCUAUCCGUAAACUGCUUCACGUAGCAGUCAGCGAUGUGAAUGAUGAUGUACGUCGCGCUGCAGUUACCGCCAUCGGCUUUAUUCUGUUCCGUUCCCCGGAGCAGUGUCCGUCGGUCGUUUCACUGUUGGCAGAAUCGUACAAUCCACAUGUGCGCUAUGGUGCCGCCAUGGCGUUGGGAAUAGCUUGCGCUGGAACUGGUUCCCGUGAAGCAAUCGCUUUGCUCGAACCGAUGGCAAAGUUUGAUCCGGUGAAUUUCGUUCGCCAGGGUGCGUUGAUUGCAUCGGCCAUGAUCCUGAUUCAACACACCGACCAAACGUGCCCGAAAGUAACGUUCUUCCGGCAGCUGUACACGCAGGUCAUCACCAACAAGCAUGAGGACGUGAUGGCAAAGUUUGGAGCUAUCUUAGCGCAAGGUAUCAUCGACGCAGGUGGCCGCAACGUUACAGUUAGUUUGCAAUCCCGUACCGGCCACACUAAUCUGCAGGCGGUCGUCGGUAUGUUGCUGUUCACGCAGUACUGGUACUGGUUCCCGCUGUCCCAUUGUUUGUCGUUGGCUUUCACCCCUACCUGUAUCAUCGCGUUGAACUCUGAUCUGAAGAUGCCGAAGAUCGAUUUCAAAUCUGCUGCUCGCCCCUCGCUGUACGCGUAUCCCGCACCGCUGGAGGAGAAAAAGCGCGAAGAACGGGAAAAGGUCACUACAGCCGUGCUUUCCAUUGCGGCUCGUGCGAAGCGUCGCGAAGGGGACAAAAAGAAGGAAGCGAAGGAUGGUGGUAGCUCAACUGCGAAGGACGGUACGGUGUCGGGAGAGACUAAGAUGGAAGUAGAUGAUGAUGCAGCUGCUGGCAAAGAUGAUACAGCUAAGCCAAAAGAGGAAUCUAAAUCAUCCACGGCAGCGUCCACAACACCGGUGAAGGACGAAUCGAAGAAGAAGGAUAAAUCCGGUAGCUCUGGAGUGGGUUCACCAGCGGCGGCUCCUUCUGCUACAGGGGAUGACGCCACUGCUUCAAGUUCAGCGAGUGCGGAGAAGACAGCGGCGGACAAGACGGCCAGCAAAACGCCCAAGGAACCGGAGCCUAGCUUUGAGAUUUUAGCCAACCCGGCCCGUGUUAUGCGCCAACAGUUGAAGGUCAUCAGCAUUGCCGACGGAACGGUCUACACCCCACUGAAGGAUGUCACCAUCGGGGGCAUUAUCAUGAUGAACCAUACAGCCGCUGGGGAACAAGUUUUGGUCGAACCUGUUGCUGCCUGCGGCCCAAAGAACGAUGAUCUAAAGGAACCGGAAGCUCCGGAACCGUUCGAGUAUGUGGAAGAUGAUGCGUAA